AUGGGAGCAAAGUGACAUUCUCCUAAAAUUCCAGAGAACAAGCCGCGAUCCCAUUGCGUUUCACUGGGGACAGGCUUCGACGAUCGACGGCGGACCACGGAGAAUUCCGACUCGACGGCGACGCGCACCCGCCACCGCCCGCCUCCGGCAUCGUCGCCGCAAACUCCAUCGUUCCAAAUCAAUCGAGAAGUUGGAUUUGACAAUCUCGGCAUGCGAGGUUUCGCCCGCGGCGGCGGCGGCGGCUGCUGAAGCAUGGCGGGGACCUCAGCGUCCGCGACCACCGCAGCCGCCGCCGCGCCGUCGGCGGCGGCGAUCAGGUCAUGGAGGACGGGGUUCCUGACCCUGAGGGACGAGACGCUCACGAGCCCUCCGAGAACUUCCCUCGCGGAUCUCCUCCACGGCCUCAUCUUCUCCAAUCCCUCCGCCCUCGUCGCUGCCGCUCCUAACCUCCCGCCUCACGAGGUCACCUCAGAUGUGCUAUUCCUGAUAGAACUGGUUUCAAGUGCGGAUCUUGUUCAUGGAAAUGGGGGCUCUUUCUACACUCAGUUGUGUCACUUGGUUCAUGAUGUUACUCGACGUGUUUCAUUGGAUAUAAAUCCCUCUUCUUGGAUGAGUAUCCUCAACUCUUUUGAUAAGUCUAUGGAAGUUUUGGUGGGUGGAGAGGGAAUGAAGGGUGGGCAGUUUGCCAAUGCAGCUAGAAUCAGGCCUAUCAUGGACUGCUUAGAGACUUUAAGAUGCCUUAUUGGUGCCUUCCACAGAAGAUCAUCUUUGUCUGAGAAUAUGGAGCUAGUGAAGUUUCUUUGCCACAAUGUCGCUCGCACCCGUGUGAAACUGCUUUCUUCAUCUUAUAGAAGUGGCAACAAGAUACAUGCUGCUUUUGCUGAGAAGAGAACACCUAGAUUUAGCAGUUUAUGGGAAGUUCAGACUCUUGCAUUUACUAUGCUUGGAGAAGCUUUCUCCAGAGUUGGUCCCUUGUUUCCUCCUGACAUCUGGCAAUUAGUCAUCAAGGUGAUACGGAAAGAGAUGGAUCCUUUGGCGUCUAUGAAUCUGAUUGUGGAAGACAAUGUCAUGUCCAAGUUUUAUGCUUCUCUGCUUCAGUGUCUGCAUUUGGUUCUUGUGGAACCGAAGUGUUCCCUUUCUGACCAUGUACCUGGUUUUGUAGCAGCUUUACGUGGAUUUUUUACAUAUGGUCUCACAAGUAGCAGACUGCAACAUGAUUUCCCAAUUGUUAGCUGGGAGGAGAAGGAAGCUAGUUCUGGGAGCUCAGGUUCGAGAUUAGGUCAACAACAAAAAGCAGAUCGUAAACCAUAUAGGCCUCCGCAUUUACGGAAAAAGGACAGUUCUCGGUCUACGCACAUUAAAAUGUUGGAUUCACAGAGUUCAUCAGAUCAUGAAUCUUCCACAAUAGAGCUCAUGUCAUCAGAUUCAGAUUACAGCGAUAGUGACAGCUUAGGAAGAGAAAGCAAUGUUACACAGAGCUCUAAGGUCAGAAUAGCCGCCAUUCGUUGCAUCCAGGACCUUUGUCAAGCUGAUCACAAAUCUUUCACAGCUCAGUGGACCAUGAUUCUACCCACCAGUGAUGCACUAGAGUCAAGGAAAUUAGAUCCUACUCUGAUGACAUGCUUGUUGUUCGAUCCUUAUUUGAAGGUGCGUAUAGCAGCUACAACCACUCUGGCUGUUGUGUUGGAUGGUCCUUCAUCUGCUUUUAUGCAGAUCGCAGAAUACAGGGAUUCCUCUAAGCUGGGAUCUUUUACAUCCUUAUCAAGUUCCCUUGGCGAGAUUUUAAUGCAACUUCAUAGAGGAAUCAUCCACCUAAUCAUGCGUGAAACUCAUAGUGGAUUGCUGGGAUCUUUGUUCAAGAUUCUUAUGCUCUUGAUAUCAUCCACACCAUAUAUGAGAAUGCCUCCUGAGUUGUUGCUGACUGUUAUUAAAUCUCUACAAGCCAGAAUAGAAGAAGACUUCUCAUCCAAAAUGGAUCAAACUAGUCUUCUGGCAGCUACAAUCAGUUGUUUGACCGCGGCUCUGUCAACUUCAUUCCCCUCAGUGCCAGUGCAAGAAAUGCUCACUGGAGAAAUAUCGCAGGGUUUCUCAAAGAACCAGAAGAAAUUAGGUGUUCUGUCUACAUUAUUUAAUCAUUCCAAGCCACCUAUGAACCUGACAACAAGAUUUGAGGCUCUCCAGGGUAUUAGAGCUGUAUCACACAAUUACCCGAGCAUAAUGCUAGGGUGCUGGCAACUAGUUUUCUCAGUCAUUUAUGUUAACCUUGGAGUUGGUGAGUUCCAUAGGAGUGCAUGCAGAGGACAAAGUGGAAAUAUAUGUGGGGUCCUUGGGGAGAAAGUCAUUGCAGCGGCUGUCAAGGUUUUGGAUGAAUGUCUUCGAGCAAUUUGUGGAUUUAGAGGAACUGAAGAUCUAUGUGAUGAUAGAUUAAUUGAUAGCCCUUUUGCAUCUGACUUUGUGAGGAUGAAGAAGAUCUCAUCUGCCCCAACGUAUAUUAUAGAAAGCCCAGAUAAUUCCAGAGACAAUUCUGAAGCAAGUCAUACAGGAAGUGAGCAGUGGUGUGAGGCAAUUGAGAAAUAUUUGUCACUGACCUUGUGGCACACUUCUUCACUGGUGAGAACAGCAUCCGUCACUUCUUUUGCUGGUAUAACUUCCUCGGCAUUCAAUUCGCUGCCAAAGCUCAAACAGGAUUUCAUUCUGUCUUCUACAAUGAAUGCUGCUUUGGAAGAUGCUGUACCUUCUGUCAGGUCUGCUGCUUGUCGAGCCAUUGGUGUGAUUGCAUGUUUUCCAGAAGUUUCUCAGAGUGCAGAGAUUGUUGACAAGUUGAUUCAUGCCGUGGAAGUUAACACCCGUGAUUCCAUAGUUUCGGUGCGUGUGACAGCCUGUUGGGCCUUGGCAAACAUAUGUGAUUCUCUCCGUCACUGUUUUGGUGACAUACACCAAAUGGAGCUUCUAGAAUUGGAGAAAUGUGAUCGACGUUUGGCCUUCUUAGUUGAGUGUGCUUUGCGUUUAACCAAUGACGGAGACAAGGUAAAGUCAAAUGCUGUACGGGCUCUUGGGAGUCUUUCCCGAUUUGUCAAGUGUACAAGCUUACCUGGUGAUCAUGAGAGGCGUGCAGAAUGUACAAGUUCAUCUAGGACUAGCAGCUCUGAGGGACAUCCAACGACCAUCUAUCUGCAGAAUCAGAGACAAUUGUCCGGUGCAGCUUCUUGUGGAGGUUCUGAUAUGUUAGGAAGGAUGGUCCAGGCUUUUCUUUCCUGUGUGACGACAGGGAACGUUAAGGUCCAAUGGAAUGUUUGUCAUGCGUUGAGUAAUUUAUUUCGUAAUGAGACACUGCAGCUGAGAGAUGAGGAUUGGGCUCCAUCGGUUUUCAGUAUUCUUUUAUUACUUCUACGUGAUUCUUCUAACUUCAAGAUCAGGAUACAAGCUGCUGCUGCUCUAGCUGUUCCAGCAUCAAAACGUUAUUAUGGUAGAUCCUUCUCAGAUGUGGUCCAAGGGUUGGAGCAUGUGCUUGAGAAUCUUGGCUCGGAUCAAGUAGCAAACCCCUCUAGUUUCAAGUAUAGAGUUGCACUUGAGAAGCAGUUGACCUCCUCAAUGCUACACGUCAUCAGCCUUGUCUGGAGUACAGAUCACCAACCUUUGAAAGAUUUUCUAGUGAAAAAAGCCUCUUUCUUAGAGGAAUGGUUGAAGGCACUAUGCUCAUCAUUGAAGGAGACAAGGAGCCAUUGUGAGGUUGAAGAUAUUUCAGUUGAGAACCAAAAGAAAGAGAUUAUAUCCAAGGCCUUGAGAUCCUUAGUUGAGGUGUAUGAAAGCGGAAACCAUCACGCAACAGCAGAGAAAUUUAAGGUGCUGCAUGAGAUGAUAUGGUGAAAAUAUCUCAUGUUGACAAGGGCGUUAUGGUUUGAUGACUAAGAUAAGCACAAAGAUUUGGUUCUAGUCAUUAUGGCCAUGCACUGUAUGGUGCUUGAUGCCUGGAACACUCGCGGUAGCUGUCGCAUCUCAGAAGGGGAUAAUCUAGGCAAUUGCUUAGUUAAGGGUGCUUUUGAAGAUUGUGAUGAACCGUGCAUGCCAGGAGGCCCAUGACCCAUGUGUUAAUUGAUCAAGGAUCGGAUGUCUGAUGAUGGGGUCCUCAUAUUGAAUGCAUGGCUGCUCUGGGUAUUUAUAACGUAGCAUGUAUGGCCCAGAAAUCUCAGUUUUUCUUCCCACAUGUUGCGUUUAAAUUUUGCAGGUAUCAGUCAGAUGACAUUUCUUUAGCUUUCCCAUACCUCAUUCAAUUGCCAGAUAAUGUAAAUUGUAUCAUACUUUAAAUCAGCGUUUCUAGCAUAGUGAAGUUCUUAAGCCUUGUAUUUGUUAGUGUCCAGACACAGUCAAUCAAGCUUGCCUGGUAAAAGCUAUGAAAUGGCAUACUUUAAGAA